AUGGCAAAAAUUUUGUACCGGGCCAUUUUGCAUGGUCCCAUGAGCUGGAAGGCAUCUAAUUGUAAUUUUGAAAGUAAUGACACUACACCUUACCUUGUAAUUUUCGAGCCUACAAGCUCAGUGGUGAUGCUUUCACAGGGAACCAUUUUGAUUCCUCAGCUUUCCUUACUUACAAACAAACUGAAAUCGCAAAUCCUAUCGGUCUUUCUGUUCAGCGAUUCCUCCACUGCAAAACAACUAGUCUCUGAACUCUACAACUAUAUUGAUAAGAACAUGUCAUUAUUUGACAUUUACAAAAGUGAAAGGGUUCUAAAACUUCUUGCUAAAUCUUUGUCCUGCUUUCACCUUCCCCUCGAAAUCGUAUUAAAAAGAGUUGAGUGUUCACAGAAAAACAAAAAUAAUAACCAUAAUACCAGUUCAUACCUCAAUUCUUACACUGCAUUCAAGAAUAAUACUAGUAGUAUUGGAAUACAAGGUGUAAGAAGUGUUUCUAGGUUUCCCUUGGAUUGUGAACCAAAUAGCUAUAACAAUCGCAUUAAUUCGCACCUAAAUUACUCAUUUUAUAAUGACCCAAAGGCCCACAAAUCAGCUUUUACCACCAGAGCAAUUGAUAAUACACAAGAAGGUAGAUUAAUCAGAAACAGAUAUGCUGAGGAGCCAAGAAGCGUUAGAAACUUGAAUGAUCUCAUGGAUUCUUAUAGCCUUAGGGUAGGAUUAGAGGAGGGAUUCAAUAUAAUCAACAGUUCAACCGAUUUAAUUCAAAAGCUGUUCCAAUCAGUCGAAAGGAAAGGACCCAAAAUAAAUAGACUUUCACUAAACUUCUAUAAAAUCACUAGAGCAGAUCCGAAACUUGACCCCAGGUUAAAUAAUUCUGUAUUAAAGGAGAAACUCUUUGUUAAUACUGGCAAAGAAUGGCUGAAUGGAGAGAACAAAAAGUUAGCUCCUCCUAUGAAUACGGUUACUGCCUCUGAAUUCUCUGUUAACUGUAUUAAAACACCCAUUAGGUAUGUUGAACCAAGUGAUAGAUAUCAUAGAUCACCUAUUAAAUGUGAUAACGAAGCUGUUAAUCUGGAUAGCUAUGGCCUAAUCUCAGAUAAAUAUGGACCAAAUCUGAGAAUAAAUAGAGGGUUUUAUACUCCAGGUCAGGCUUGUUCACCACUUUCAACAGGUUUAAACCUAUUGGAUAAUCAACCAAAUUUAUCGACCAUGAACAGGGCUAAUAAACUCGAAAAAGAUAAAUUGGUUCAAAAACAAGGUGAAGAAAAUGAGUCAGGACUCCCCAGUUUAACAAAUAUUCUAAGAUCUUUGACAAACGCUAUUGAUAAGAACACAGAAGCAAUUAGUCUACAUGGUCCUUCAGGUUUGUUCUCAGCUGAUAAGGUUUCCUCCUCUAUUUUACUAAAUAAUCAGACAAAUCAAGUAGACAGUCCUUUAGUCAAGAGUAAUCAACUUUCUAAUCAAUUUCCAAAUUUGUUUCCAGAGGAUAGUAAUUGUCCUGUUGGGGAUAAUAAACCCAAAGGUGAAAAAAACAAAUUAGUAAUGAAUACGAGUUUUGGGAGCAUGUCAACCAUUGAUUUUUUGAGUUUUGAUUCUCAAGCUUCAAUUAAUAAUCCAAAAAAUUUGACAAAUUUAGAUAAUGCGAAUUUUGGUUCAAUGACAGAUUCACUCUCUGAUAACCAAUUGCCCGAGUUUAAUGAUAAACUUGCAGGUGUUAAACUUGAUGACUUACAACUUAAACCCUUCAAUAAAACCAGAGAAUCAUUCUCACUUUUUGAUAAAUCCUUUUUUAAUGAUUCUUCUGACCUAUUUUCUGACAAUCGCUUUGGUGAAUCAUCUGUUGAUAACCUAAAACUAAAUAAAGACAACAAAACAGGUAUGAUAGAUACAUUUGAACCGGCAGAACUGGUUGACAGCGAAGCAGAUGGUUUUGCUGAAGAUUAUGCAGAUGCGUUAGAAAAAGCUUCUGAUUCCUUCACUAAAACACCCAACAAAGAACUUUGUGAUGUUUCUAUGGCUGAGAGUAACACUAACCCAGUAAAUAAAAACCAAGAUUAUAAAAAUGAACUAGUAGAAGAUAAGGAAAGCCACUUGAGUGAAUCACCUCCAGAAAGUGAUAAUUUAAGUGAUUUUUCAGAAAAUUCCUCCACCUUUUUUGAUGAUGAACUAUUGUGCAACAAUCAUGUUCUAGCUAACAAGAUGUUACAAAAAUGUUGGUAUGGUGCUAAGAGGCCAGUCAAACAAGAAUCAAAAGAAACUAAAACAACAGAAGAGGAGGAUGAAGAAUCUUUGACAUCUGGUAAUCCAUCUGAAAGAUCGGAAUUGAAUGAUUUAUUGGACGAGUUUAACGAGUUAACAAAUAAAAAUGAUUUGUUGCACGAAGAGAUCACAAAAUAUAAGGCUAAAAUAUCAAAAUUGAAGCAAAAGAUAAAGAAUUUGAAAUCGAUGCAUAAGUAUGAGUUGGAAGAUUUAGUAAAUAACAAUUUUUCUUCUGAAGAAAAGCUUAGGACAACCAUAAAUGAAAACAAUGUUACCAUAACGAUGAUGGAACAAGAAAGAAUAAAGUUGAACGAGACUCUAGAACAACAUAAAAUGGUAAUAAAGCGUCUGGGUCGUGAGAAAAUUGAAGCAGUCCAACAAUUCUCAAAGCUGGAAGAUGAAUAUAACAAACUUCAAAUUUCAAAGGAAAUGGAAAAGAAUGAGAAAAACAAUUACAAUAAGCUCAAGGUUCAGGCAGAGGAUCUUAAGUCUGAAAAUGAAGUUUUAUCCAACAAAGUCAGAUCACUGAAUGAAAAAUUACAUUGUCUUGAACUGGAUCAUCAAACUAACCUAGAACUAGUUUCGGAGUUAAAAGAAAGUAAUGUUCAAUUAACUUCUGAGAAUAAGCUAUUAUCCUCAAAUGAGCACCAACUUUCAGAUGAGAUUAAGAUGUUAAGAUCCAAAGAACAUCAACUGACCGCUGAGAACAAAUUAUUAAGAACAAAGGAAUUACAAUUAUUGGGUGAAGUUAAAGUACUAAGGACAAAUGAGAUGAGAUUAACUGAAGAACUGAGAAGGACCAAACUAUUGUUAACAGAUUACCAGAAUAAAACUGAAAAAUUCGAGUCUAAAAUGUCGAUAUUGGAAAACAACAAUACAGUCUUGUUGAAAAAUUUGGAGAGCACCAAGACUGAACUUGGACAUGUUAAAGCAUCAUUUGAGACUUCAAAUUCAGAGAAACUCAAACUUGAAACAAAAUACCAACAGCUUCAAUCCAGCGUUGAAAAGGUCGAGAGCAUGAAUAAUUCUUUGAGGAACGAGCUCAUGGGUGUUAGGAAUGUUCUAGAAGAUAAAACUAAAGAUAAUAUCAAAUUAACUUCACGUUUGAGUGACAAAGAUAAAGAGGUGAACAAAAUCAAGAAAGAUCGAAAUGAUAUUAAAGACAAUUAUGAUACUCUUUUAAGGGACUACAAUUAUCUAAGAACUUCAUAUGAGGCAGUCGAAAUCUCACUCAAGAAGUUUAAGAGCUUUGAUGAAAGUCUUAGACGUGAAUACCAAAUAAAAUCAGACGAGAAUGAGGAACUGUUACGACAAUUACAGGCUUUCAAAUACUGUGUUGAUAAGUUUAAAUCCGACAAUGAUCUUCGGGAGGCAAAACUUGAAGAAUUGCAUUCAAAGGCUGUUGCCAGGCUUUUCUGGGUCAUCUACCUCUACAAUAAAACAAGGAAAGAGUUGGCUCUUAAUAAGAUCAAGAAUACUUUAAUGGCUCACAAAAAUAAUUCUGUUCUCGUAAGGAGCCUUAUAAGAUCAGUUCUACUUUCGAAGGGAAAACUUGCUAAAAGAAAUUGCCAGUUACUUAGAGUCAUACACGCCCUACAAAUGACUGGACCUACUACCUGUUCCAUGAUCAUCUCUAAAAUCAAUACUCUUGUUGCUUCCACUUCAGAUAACUCACUUUCCGAAGAAAAGGUAACAAAAUUAAAGGACUCUUUUAUGAAGCAUUCUUUGGAGAAGGAUCAGAUGAUAAAGGUUCUUCAGACAAAGCUGGUUUCACUAGAUCAAUUAAAAGAGAACCAGGAUUUUCUACUCCAGGAAAAUCGCAAUCUAAGUGAUCAGAUAAUGAUUGAGCAAAACAAUUCUCAGAGGAUCCAGCAAGCUCUCAAUGAACAGAUUGAGCGUGAACGUUUCACUUUCGAAUCAGAGUCUAAAUCACUUUAUAACAGGCAGUACCAACUUUUGAGGGAAAAUGACCAGUUAUCUAGGGAAAUUUCUAGUCUAAAAGAGUCUUUAAAUGCCCUACUCCAUUCUGACAAUUCUCAGUACCGAGAUUUUAACAGUUCUAAUCAUGAUCAGAACGUCCCUAAUCAAAGUAGAAUGAGGGAAACUGGUCUGAUAGAGGCAAAAUAUGAGCGAUUACUAUCGAUUUAUAAUUCAUCAUCACAGAAUUUGGGGACUAAGUUACACUCACCUGAAACAUAUAAAGAUCACUCCGAGUUUGAUUUUUCGCUGAGGGCAAACACCAAUUAUCCGAGAAUGAUUUACCAUCAAACUUAA